AUGAUUACGAGACGACGGGAUCGCGUUUCGGGUUUUCCAGAUCCAAAUCCCAAAUCGACGCUAAGUCGUUAUUAUUUAUUGCUUUCCGUGGCGAAAUCUCAGACAGAAAUGCCUUUUAUAGUUCCUAAAUCUUCAUUCCUCCAUCAUUUUCUUCUUCACCAAGUUUCCUUUUUUAUUCUUCUAAAUGUAUUUAUACUUCCUAAAUUUUUAUUCAUCUUUUUCUUCUUCACCAACUCUCCUGUUGCAUUUAUACUUCCUAAAUCUUUAUUCCUCCAUCUUUUCCGUCUUCACCAACUUUCCUGUUUUAUUCGUCUAAGGGCAUUUAUACUUCCUAAAACUUUUUUCCUCCAUCAUUUUCUUCUUCACCAAGUUUCCUGUUUUAUUCUUCUUAAAGUAUUUAUACUUCCUAAAUCUUUAUUCCUCCAACAUUUUCUUCUUCACCAUCUCUCCUCAAUCACCCUCUCACUUCUUCAUAUACGCCUCUCCCUCCAUAUUUUCGUUCUCCUCCAACUCUCCUAUUUUCUUCUAAAAGCAAUAACCCUCUCACUUCUUCAUUAUAAACACCUCUUCCUCAAUGUUUUUCUCCUCCAAAUCUCCUGUUUUCUUCUUCUAAAAGCAAUCACACUCUUACUUUUUCUUCGUAAACCCCACUUCCUUCAUCUCGUUUUGCUCAUCGAACUAUCCUGUUAUUCAGUAUUUUUUUUUUCAAACUUCUUUUUCUACUUUUCAUCAACUCUUCUUUUUCCAUCUUUUUAUCAAAUUCUUUUUAUUUUUCUCCUCCAACAUUUCGGCCAUUUUUUUUCUUUUUCCCCAUCUUUUUCUACUUUUCAUCAACUCUUCUUUUUCCAUCUUUUAUCAAAUUCUUUUUUUAUUUUUCUCCUCCAACUUUUCGGCCCAUUUUUUUUUUUCCCCAUCUUUUCUACUUUUCAUCAACUCUUCUUUUUCCAUCUUUUUUAUCAAAUUCUUUUUUUUUUUCUCCUCCAACUUUUCGGCCAUUUUUUUCUUUUUCCCCAUCUUUUUCUACUUUUCAUCAACUCUUCUUUUUCCAUCUUUUUCUUAUCAAAUUCUUUUUAUUUUUCUCCUCCAACUUUUCGGCCAUUUUUUUUCUUUUCCCCCAUCUUUUUCUACUUUUCAUCAACUCUUCUUUUUCCAUCUUUUUAUCAAAUUCUUUUUAUUUUUCUCCUCCAACUUUUCGGCCAUUUUUUUUCUUUUUCCCCAUCUUUUUCUACUUUUCAUCAACUCUUCUUUUUCCAUCUUUUUCUUAUCAAAUUCUUUUUAUUUUUCUCCAUCUCCAACUUUUCGGUUAUUUUUUUCUUUUUUGCUAUCUUUUUAUUUUCCUCGGACGUCUUUCUCCUUUCUAAUCAACUCUUCUUCCAUUAUCUGCUUUCUUCUCCAUUUUUGCCUUUUUCUUUUUCUAAUACUACUCAUCGUUUUUCUUCUUCUUUUUCGUCGAUGGUCAUUUUUUUCUUUUUAAACUUUUCCCGCUUUUUCAGAAACGAGUUACCCUCUUUCUUCUCCUUCUUCUUCUUCUUCUUCUCGUCCAUUCUCUUUUUCUUCCUGUUGUUAUUGUUGUUGUUGUUGUUCUUCUUCUUCUUCUUCGUCGUCGUCGUUUUCUUCUUUCUCUUCUAUUACUUUUUGUUCUGUUUCUUUUUCUUGUUUUUCCUUUUCUUCUUUUUCUUCUUCUUUAUUUCUAUUACCUCUUUUAUGCUCAUAUCACACUUCUGUUUUAAUUAUUCAUUUAUUACUUUGUUGCUUUAUUUCUCUCACUUUCUUUAUUCAUAUUUUUUUCUUCUUUUCUUCUUUUCAUUCUUAUUCGCUAUGCCAGCGCUGUAG